AUGAUCAAUGUAUUUUUUUUUAGCAAGAAACCAGUGCCAUCAAAUCACGACGAUAAAAGACGAAGUGACCGAAAUGUAAGCGCGGUUAAGCGAAAGUUAUAUUAUUCUCGACCACAGCUUCAAACUUCUGCCCUUGUUUAUUGUGCAUUACAGGUUGUGUUUAUGGCAUUCUUGUUCAGUUACAAUGGUGUUAGUACUGGUGAUGUUUUAUUGCCUGUUUUAUCGUGGAUAUCAGAACAGUCUCAAAAGCUUCCACUGAUUGAAAGUAUCACUGACUUUGCUCGUCAGUUGUUGGAUAAUCUACUUUCUUUAAUUAACGAAAAAGAUUUCAAAACUUCGACGUCUCCAACCAAAAAAAGUCAUACAAAACAAAAAGUGGAUACAAGUAAUAUUAUAUUUAUGGAGAAAGUUGAUGAUAGUCUACCAGUCUUGACAAAGGAACAAUUAUCUUUCUUCGAUGGAACGCGUCCAUCCAAGGGAACAUAUCUCGCUAUAUUAGGUCGUAUAUACGAUGUUCAAAAAGGUGCCAGGCAUUAUGGUCCGGACGGUUCAUAUCAUUUCUUUGCUGGUCGUGAUGCAACGCGUGCAUUCGUCAGUGGCGAUUUUACCGAAAAGGGUCUGGUGGAUGAUAUUGAAGGUUUUGGUGAUCAAGAUCUAUUGGGUGUACUUGACUGGAUCAAAUUUUAUGAAAAAGAUUAUGAUCUCGUCGGUUAUCUGCAGGGAACGUACUAUGAUGCUUCUGGCAAACCAACUUCACGUUUAAAAGAAGUAAUUAAAUUGAUAGAAAAUGCCCUUAAUUGGAAAGAUAUUCAAACCGAAGAAACAAAAAUUUUUCCACCUUGUAAUUCUGAAUGGCAAAAAGAUGUUGGUGGCAGAGUAUGGUGUUCAAAGAAAAGUGGUGGCAUCGAAAGAGAAUGGGUUGGAGUACCAAGAAAACUUUUUGAUACGAAAUCGAAAUCUUACAGAUGUGCAUGCGUGAAGAACUUUGGUGCUCCUCUUUCAAGGUUUCCUGGGAUGAAUAAAAAUAGCGGACAUGGAGAUUUAGAGAAUCCAAGUCUGAAGGAAUAUGAAGGUUGCAAAUCGACAUCGACUUCUUGUCGGAAUAACAGUUCUUAG